AUGCCCUAUAUAGCUCGGGUUAAGGAGCUCCCCGAGAUCGCUGUUCGGGGUGGGCUCGUUGAUCCUCGGGCGGAUCAUCAGCAUUCUUUCAAUAAACGGAUUUCCUGCCAGGACGUGACCGACUUCAUCUCCAACACGGCCGAGGUUUCGCCUUUGGAACUCAGAGAUAAAAAGGCUGCUGCCCGGCACAAUAGCGAUAAUCGAGCCCGACUUUACAAGAUUCUCGCCCGUACCAAUGAGCUUAGCCGGCCUUUGGCAGUGAAGUCUUCGGACCAGCCCAUCUCCGAUCUCCUUCCCGGGCUGGUCGUCAGCGGCGGCCUCAGCCGUUCGCCCGCGUUCGAUUGCAUUCCGGUCGUCUCCCAUUGGGGUGAUCGUACUGAUGAGUAUUCGGCCGUGGAUCCUGCUGCCACGGUCUGUCUGACUUCGACUUGGCGCACCACCCACGUCCGUGGAGAAGGACUUGUCCGCGAGUCACCUCAUGGAGCUCCCUGCUGGGCAUUGCAGACCCAUGGCAUCAGUCCUACCGAGGCUGGAUCGCCUAAGUUCUCCCAGCAAUACGUCCCUGAGACCGAUACUCUGACCACCACGGUGAACCUGGCCCGUCGUACCGACACUGCCCUGACCAAAGGCGUGCUUGGUGCCGCUGCAAGUAUCUCUUGGAUGCGCAACGCGCGUGUGGCAGAUGCCGCUGACUGUGCUAUUGGUCUCCUUUCCGAUGCCGCUGCUCUUCUAGAAGCUCGUGACAAGAUGAUCACUAGUGGAGCAAGCGUAGAGGCCCUCGACUUUGCAGAGGUGCGCGCGGUUGAAGUUCCCAGCUGGUGCGUUGCUCGCAAGCCUUUGGCUCCGAAGCUAAGUGGCGUGGCCGACUCGCCAGACCAAGCUACCGAUGAUCUCUUCGCCAGAGAACUUUGUGAGGGCCCUCUCAUCAAUACCAGUAUCUUCUCCAUGUCGAUGGGCUAUAAUCGUGGUGUCUACGGUGGUUCGAUCUCUGGAUUGUGGGCUGUUAUGGACUCGGCUUUUGUCCUGGAUUACUCUAUCGGCACUGAUACCUCUGCCAUGGCGGACAGACUCUCCUUUGCUUUCGCGGAGGUCACUGCCUCUGCUGAAGCAUCUGCCUCCGCCGGACCGCAUAUCGACGAUAUCCGCAUCGUCAAGGGCUGUAAUUACGGAUGUGUCCGUCAGAAGACCAUCAUUGAGGAUAAUGAUCCGAUUGAAUCCAGUCCCUGUAUGGUGGUGUGGAACGAUCUUGAUCGGCUUGCCCGGUACAAACUCGCGGAUGCGGUGUUCUGCCAUGUCUACUACGACUCGGGGGGCGGCGAGCAGAUGGCUGCUAUUGCUGGUCUUGGAUGCGUCGCACACGAUUGGAUUGAUCUCGGGCCCGACAUGAUGUGUGGAGAAGUUAGCAACAUCAUCCCCUCACUGACACGAGGAUCUUUGGAGGAGAAUGCACUCGCUGAAGUCUACGCGCGCCUCAUUGGCGCAAUGAUCUGGUACCGAAACAACGAUCCUUACAAUCCGGCCGCCCUCUGCCUCCUCUUCACCCACUGGUGGCAGCUUUCGAACUGCCGGCACAGACCUAUCACCCUCCUGGGCCGAACCGACCUUGAUGUUACCGCAGCCAUCAGUCCCAUCAUGCCCGAAGGAAGACCCGAGCUGGAGCAUUUCCGAUCGCAGGGUACUCGGGUUGAGCGCGGAGAAGGUCCCCUCUCCAGCGCUGAGGCACGGCUCGAAGCCCUUCUUGAUACCGAAAUAUUGCCCGAAACUCGCGCCGUCGUUAAUCUACUUGUGAACCCGGUGCUUGCGUAUGUUAAAGGAGGUGAUAGUCUCCCGGCUGAGAGCGAAUUCGUCGGGGCUGUCCUCACUGCCGAAUUGGCAUACCCCCACGGACAGAAGAUCAUGGAGCUGUGGGACUUGGCCAUUGUGAUGUGGGAGUGCGGCGCAAUGUGGGCAGCUGGUGUGGCAGGUCUCUGCUACACUCACACCGGUAAGGCUAACUGUGAUCGUGCUCGCCACGAUUUGGCAGACCACACCUGGACUUAA